CACAUAUAUACAUAUAUAUACAUAUAUAUUUCUGGAAGGGGAUACAAUAAUAUUCCCAGAAAUUUCGAGUUUUACGUGUCGCUUUUAUUUGUAUGUUUUUUUUUUCUUCUUUCUGAUUUUGAUUGAUGAAGAAGAAGUUUUGUGUGAUUUAUUUACUUUAGAAAAAAACUCGAAUGCUCUGUUUUGUUAUAGAAAAAUAAAAAAACAGAGAGAAGAAAGAUGAGAAGCGGUGCUAGUGGUGGAAACAACGUGUUGGAUACUAUUAACGCUGCUGCUUCAGCUAUCGCUUCCUCUGAUGAUCGUCUUCUUCAAUCUUCUCCGAUUCAUAAGAAGAGAAAAUGGUGGAGUCGAUGGAGUCUGUUGAAAUGUUUCAGAUCUUCGAGACAAAGAAACCGAAUAGGAAACUCGGUUCUUGUUCCUGAACCGGUAUCAAUCUCAUCAAAUUCAACAUCUAAUUCCGGUUAUCGUUCGGUUAUCACAACACUUCCUUUUAUAGCACCACCUUCAUCUCCAGCUUCGUUUUUCCAAUCAGAACCACCUUCAGCUACACAGUCACCCGUUGGGAUCCUCUCUUUUAGUCCUUUGCCAUGUAACAACCGUCCUUCGAUCUUCGCCAUUGGACCUUACGCUCACGAACCUCAAUUGGUUUCUCCUCCGGUUUUCUCAACUUACACUACUGAACCAUCUUCAGCUCCCAUCACACCUCCUCUUCUUGAUGACUCAUCUAUCUACUUAACCACUACAACACCUUCUUCACCCGAAGUGCCUUUCGCUCAGCUGUUUAACUCCAACCAUCAAGACUGUCAUAAUAAGUUCCCAAUGUCGUCUAGUUAUGAGUUUCAGUUUUACCAACUUCCUCCUGGUAGUCCACUUGUUGGUCAGCUUAUUUCCCCUAGCUCUGUUGUGUCCGGUUCUGGUCCAACUUCUCCUUUCCCCGAUGGAGAAACCGCGCUGUUCCCUCACUUUCAAGUCUCUGAUCCUCCGAUACCGUUGAGUCCUGGUACAUUGCAUUGUCCAAAGAAGACUGUUACAAAAGAGCAGAAGACUGUGAGACCGCAUAAACCGGUUUCGUUCGAUCUUGACGCGGAUCAUGUCAUUAGAUGCGUGGAUCAGAAGCUAAGAACAACGUUCCCUGAAGCAUCAUCUACAUCAUCAUCGGAUCCAGAAGCAAUGAAUCAUUCCUCUCUCGGGUCGAAUAAGGAGUUCAAUUUUGGCACGGAUGAGAAACACUUGACCGUUGAUGAACAUAGAUCUUCGCCGAAGAACAGCAACGAUUGGUCUUUCUUCCCUGUGAUGCAAUCAGGUACACUUAGCUAACCUUCAUCAGAGGAUUUAGUUAUUAUAUAGAAUCUAAAAGUUUAGAAAUCCAAUUCGGACACACAAAGAUCUUGGUCAAGAGAUUCAAGAACGAAUAAUUAACUAGUGAACUUAUUUAGUUUCCUUUGAUUUUACAUUAGUAUGAUGUUUUAGAUGGUUCUGUUCUGGACCUUCUGGUCUCUCUUUUGGUUUUGUAAUAAAUAUUUGGCGUUGUUAGUUACGUUGUUGUAUAUGGCUUUGUCUCUAUGUAGUUUUUUGUUUUUGUGCAUACACAUUUGAUCGCAUUUGUAAAUAACAUUUAAUCUUUUUCUUCAGAGAAAUUCCAAUAAUUCUAUAGUUAUGACAGUUU